GUGCUGGACCUUCCGCAACUUUACACAAAGCCUUCAGCGCAAGAGCUUCUGAACACUCUGACCCUGCUGACCUCUGAGCCGCCCUCUUGGGAAGGAAGCGAUACCGAAGAUGGCGAUGACGUUGCCAAAGCCCGGCCAAUCCAGAUCAACCCGGAAGGCCUGACCUCAUACCUCACACGAAUCAUCGCAAGCGAACUUCGGUGGAUCGAGGACGAUUCAGUCAAGGAGGAGAUCUGGGAAGCGGCUAGUAUUCGCCUGAGCGAGCGUUCCGGUCGUACCGCCAUGCCGGCCAUGACGCGGACCUUUCGCAUCCCUCCUUCCAAGGAUGAAGUGAGCGAGGAACUUCAGAUCCACGAGCCCUCUAUGACGGCAGAUAAUCUCGGACUGAAGACUUGGGCAUCAUCUUACCUGCUGGCGAGGCGUCUACAUAUAUUGGCUGACGACCAUGCAAGUCUCCCAAAAGUGGACGGCAAGAGACGUUUCAUACUCGAGCUCGGAUCUGGAACUGGACUUGUAGGCCUGGCUGCUUCGAUGGUUAUGGGAACGGAAGUCAUCUUGACCGACUUGCCUGAAAUCGUAGAGAAUUUGGAUCGCAACGCGCUUACCAACCUGGAAGUCCUUGAGAAACACAAUGGAACGGCUCAUGCGGCAAUCUUGGACUGGACUACGCCCUCGACCAUGACGCUUUCGGCUGGUGCCGUUAAGGAUGCUGACUACCAGGACGGGACCAAGUUCGACAUUAUCCUCGCGGCUGAUCCACUGUACUCACCAGAGCACCCGGCACUACUUGUACAGACCAUGGAAUACUGGCUUGCAAGACACGAUGAUGCGCGGAUCAUUGUCGAGCUGCCUUUACGCUCCGCGUAUCGUCCGGUCGUCGAGGACUUCUUCUCUAAGAUGCAAAGGAUUGGGCUUAAGAUUUGUAAUGAGGGCUACGAAACGGGCGUCGACGACUGGGGUAGCCAGGGCGACCGUACGGCGGUGCGUUGCUGGUGGACGGUGUGGGGCUGGAACACGCCCCAGGCCAGCGAAGCACACACGGUAGAGCACGACGAGGUUGCAGUCAAGGCGGGGAAUAUGGACGACUCGCACAAGGAAUUGCUGGCUGAAUUUGCGAGACUUGACGAGUAG